GUUUUCCUUUUAAUUUCUCAAGUUUAAUCGUCUGUCCUCUGGCUGAUAAGCUCAUCCACACACCCUAUUAAUGCCAAUUAUCGCAAACUAGUCGUUAUAGUCCGCCAUUUACGAAUCCGUUGGACAAUGGCCGGAAAAAAUACUCGUAUGCAGCAGUGGCUGCAGUAUACCGUCAGAGUGACUGUAAAAGAUGGCAGAAAAUUCGUAGGAACGCUCAUAGCAUUCGAUAAGCACAUGAAUCUCGUACUUGCAGACUGCGAGGAGUUUCGCAUGACCAAAGGCAAAGAAGGAAAGGAAAUAAAGAGGACUUUGGGCUUCAUUCUCCUGAGAGGAGAGAACAUUGUCUCAUUCACAGCCAAGGCGCCUCCGGCCGCCUCUCUAAUGCCUUUUGGAGCUGCCGGACCAGGCAAGGCAAUCCCAGCGGGAAGAGGAACUCCCAUAAUGCCCGGUAUGACUCAACAGGGCAUGCCACACAUGCAACCAAACGCUGCCGCUCUCCAGGCACCAAUGAGAGGACUUAUUGGAGCUGCUCCCCUUCAAUUGGCGCCUCAAGGAGUUGCUGGAACUAUGCCUCCAAGACCUACGUAGGAUAUCUACUCUGUUGAGAAAAUAUAGUAAACG